ACUUCCUCUGUGUCCACUCAGUGUGCUUUGGUCUUACCUGAUCUGUCCCGGUCCUCGUCUGAGUCCUGACCCGAGUCUUGUCCCGAGUGCGGCCCUCCAUGUGUGUGCAGUAUGUGGACGAGUGUCCGUGAGGGGCCAACAUGGCGGCAGUGUCGGUGAAGAAGAAAAAGCCGUCUUCACGAAGCUCCAAAGCCGUCACUAAGAUGUGUGUACUUGACCACAGGGACCACAUGAGCAUGGCGUCCGCAGAGCCCGUGUGGCCCAUCCCCAUGAGGGCCAUCGGGGCUCAGAACCUGCUCACCAUGCCUGGGGGCGUGUCCACCGCCGGAUACCUGCACAAGAAGGGAGGCAGCCAGUUCAGCCUGCUCAAGUGGCCACUGCGCUACAUCAUCAUCCACAAAGGCUGCGUGUACUAUUUCAAGAGCAGUACCUCCGCCGCUCCACAGGGGGCAUUCUCUCUCAACGGCUACAACAGGGUGAUGCGAGCAGCAGAGGAGACCACAUCCAGUAAUGUGUUCCCCUUUAAGAUCGUCCACUUCAGUAAGAAGCAUCGCACGUGGCUGUUCUCCGCAGCCAGCGAGGAGGAGCGCAGGAGCUGGAUGAGGCACUUGCGCAGGGAGAUCGACCACUACAAUGACCGACAGGAUGGCCACACGACCAGCAGUGACACAGACUCAGAUGCAGACAGUUUCUAUGGGACCAUUGAGAGGCCUUUGGACCUGAAGCAUCCAAUUGACAACACAGAUGAUGGUUACACAGAUGAGGAUGAUGAUGACGAUGAUGAAGACUACUUGAAGCCAGACAGUCCACCCUCAAACACAGGUCGACCCACAGCCCCCCCGCCGUCAUAUCCUCCUCCCCCUGUCCCUCUGUCAUCUGCUCUGUCCAAUCAGCUCCCUCCAAAUUCCAAAGCCCCGCCCAUUCCCCCACCCCUUCACCGUAUCCCCACCAGCCCCCUCCCCAAAAAGCCUCCCCCUCCCAUCCCACCCCAACCCACUCAUAAAGGCCCACCCCCCGACCCACCCUUUGCCCCUCACUUGCAAAGACCCAUGGCUUUUCCUGGUGUGACCCCUCCCCUUCCACCCCCCAACCCCAGACGGGCAUUCUCCAGACCUGGGCCAGGGGAAAACCGGGAGCGCCCACCUGUGAUCCUGCACACUCCCGCCACACUACCCAUCUGUGAGAAGCUGGAGUCACAGUUGCGGCUCAACCGCCCCGCCCCAAGCCCCACCCACAGCCCCGCCCACAGUCAAGGCCGUAGCCCUUUACUUGGUCACACCCGUAGCCCCACGCCAAGCCCGACCAACACCCAAGCACGUAGCCCCGCCCACAGCUCCAUCAACAGCCCUACAGACAUCAAAGCCCAUAGCCCCACCCACAACCCUGCCCAUUGUCAAGCCUAUAACCCCACCCCCAGCGCUGUCCAGAGUUCAGCUCAGAGCCCCGCUCACAGCUCCGCCCAUGGACCAUCACUUGGAAACCACUCGUACAAACCCAAACCGAAGCCCCCCCCUCCAACAAACAAACCUCCCCUGCCUGCGUCCCGAAAGCCCCCCUCCACCAGCUCUCUGGGAAGAGCGUCUCCCGAUGGACAGAGUUUCCGGGCUUCUGCAGACGAGCUCCCUGAGGACAUCAGGAGCAGGUGGAACCAGGCCAAACCCAACCGGGUCAGGCCACACGAGGAGGAGGAGGACGACGACGACGACUACGAGAACGUACAGCUCCCAGACUCUGUGUUCAUUGACUCCAUAGAGACCAGCUUCGUGGAGAAACUGUUUCGAGAGAGCAGGGUGUGUCCCGAUGGGCUGUAUGCCAUCAGGAACUCUUCAGGGACCAAAACUUCCAAGGUGCUGGUGGUGUGGGACGUCACCAUCAACAAGGCCCGCAACUACAGGCUCUUUGAGGAGAACGGAUGCAUCUACGUGGACGCUGAGCUGACGUUCCCCAGCCUGGCCAUCCUCAUUGAACACUACCACAACCACCCCCUGCCCCAGCACGGGUCACUCUGCCUGAAGAAGCCCUAUAGCCCCUAACAGCCUGACCCACCUGACGACCGAUCCCAUCCUGACCCACGUGAUGACCAACCCCAUCCUGACCCACGUGACAACCUGAGGCACCUGAACCCAGUCCCUGAUCCCUGUGUGCUGAUGUCUCUCACCUCCUGACCCCCUGACCCCUGGUGCUAGUAAUGGCACCAUGGCAACAAAAGGUGUACAUUUGCACAAAGUUGUGACUUGAAGACAUUUGCUCUUUUGCCCCAGAGGCUGUUUCUCUGGUGCAGGAGAAGGAUCGUGGUUUCCUCUGAUGAAGUGUCAGACCUGAGGCUAGCAACUUUUGGUGUAGGCCACGCACACAUUGAUGCUCCAAUCAGAUCUCGUUUUAUGCCCAAAUAUGAUCUGGGUUAGAUCUUUUCAUGUUAUAAGCUCACCAAAAUCCAAUUAAUAUCCGAUUUCUAGAAGUUUAUUAGUAGUAGUCUGAUUAUACAUACAUACAUAUAUAUAUAUAUAUAUAUAUAUAUAUAUAUAUAUAUAUAUAUAUAUAUAUAUAUAUAUAUAUAUAUAUAUAUAUAUGUACACAAAACUGACUCUUGUGAGCUUAAAGCCAUGUUAGAAUGUUGUUACCUCAUCAAAAACAUAUCUGAAGUUGUGUUUUGUUUCAUUCACACAUGUUUGUGUAACUCUUUAUUAGUCUGUCUUCAUCUUCAAAGCUCAAAAUGCUCUGUUCCACCCAUAGACUGUAUAUAUAAAUGGACAUAACUAACACACUAGUACGCAUUCCAAAUAGGAAGUUCACAUGCGUUGCUUACGGCUCCUGCUGACUCUGGCUCCCAUUGACUUACAUUGGAAUAGUUUGGCCCCUCUCUCUGUAACUGCUGCAGUGAGCCUCGUCAUUUUGGUCUUAAAGUGUUCAUAUUAACCCGCAACACAUGAUCCUGGUGUUUUUUACACUAUUUUGUCCAAUAAAAAAAUCCUAUUCAUAACAUAGAGCCUGGCUCCAGAGUCAGCCCUGUAACCGUGAGCAUCACAAGCUUCAUUUGAGUGGCCCUGAACACUGUGGGUGACGUCACACUCACUUACUCCACUUUUUUAUACAGUGUGUGGUUCCAGCCUUGUAAUGUCAUGUAGUGGUAGUUUUCAAGUUAACAGCUACCCUUUACCUUUAGUUCAGUAGAGAUGGAGGUGUAUGGAGGUUAAAACACAGUGGAGCACUUCCUGUAUUACCACAUGACGUCACAAAGUGUUUCCCGUUUUGAGAGAAGAACUCAGGGUUUGUGCAUUAAACUUGUGAAUGAAAUAAAACACAACUGCAGGUCUACUUGUGAUGAGGAAACAACAUUAUAACAGAUCAUAAAACAGUUCUGUAUGUUCUUUAAGGGACAUGCAAACUGCACAAUCUAGUGUGAGUGAUCAGAGUGACUUUUGUCAGGCAGAAAUGGAAUGAUUUUGCUGUUUACAUUUAUUUUCUUUUUUUUAUUUUGUGUUUGUAACUGCAGCCAGUGUGAACAACUCAAACCACAUUUUUAUGAAUGCGACCCGUGGGACCCAGGCCUCUUCCAUGUGUGGAAAUAAAUGAGAUUUAACAGACAACAGUAAAGAAGCUAAGUGGUUUUAAGAUUAAAGCUACAGUAUGUCACUUUCUGGAGGUGAGACAUCACCUGCAUGAUUCCAUGAACAUGGAUAGUUAAUACUCACUUCCAUGGAGAUAAGUUUUAUCCCAUACUUUAGCAUACUGUAGUACUAUAGCUACUAUAGUACUACAACAUGGAACAUGGAAACUAACAGGAGGUCCUCCUCCAGGCCAAAUAAGUGUCAGGUUUGUGGAGAAGCAAGUCCAUGCAUGUUUUCUAUGUUUUUCAGUGCAAUAAAAACAUUAUUUUAUUUUUUGUUUGUUUUUGUCAGAAAAAGUUAUAUACUGUGGCUUUAAUUGGCAUUUGGGGAAAGAAAGUGUGUAACUCAUUAGUGAUUAGUGGAGGAAAUGGUGCUCGCUCAAUAACACACUUAAUGUCAUAAUGUCAUAAUGUAACAACAGCCGGACUCCUCCUUUGCUCAUCAGGACACUUCCUACUCAUUUCAGCAGCAUCACUUUGGAUUUGCAAAGUGAACUCGCCCCAGAUUUGGAAGAAAAAAUAAUAAUAAUCUGUGAAAAUGAUGCUCUUUAAGAUUUCAGGAGUAAAGGUUUGUGUUGUCACUCUGAUCUUACACUCCAGUAAUGUGUUUUUUUGCAGAGAACUUUCACUGCAGAUGGCUAAAUAUCAUUACUGAGUUCACAGUCAAAAAAUUGUUCAGAGGUUACUCGUUUUCUUACAAGAGCUGACAACAAACCUCCACCAGAGGGCGCUCCACCUGCUCCUCAGUGUGCACAACACAGCACACAGGACAGAAAUGAACCUUUCCUGAAUGUCUUUAGAAUGAUGUUGAGCUGUAUCAGAACAAGUAGAAGAGCACAUAGACUUGUAUACACCAACCACUAUGGAACCACUAUGGAACCUAUCUGGACCACUGAGGGAUUACACACAUACAAGGACACAUGGAAACAGAAAUAAAGUACUACCAUUUAAUGUUGAAAAUAACAUUCUAUUGUCUAAUGAAAAAGUGUGGGGUUUUGGGUUUUUUUGUGUGUGUUUUUUUUACUAUCAUUCGUGGUAUCAGAGGAGCCAUACGUCUGUCCCUGUGGACUCUUACUGUGCCUUGUGUUGUGUUUGUGCUCACUGGACUGAACAAAGGAUUUUUGUAUUUGCAUUGUAUUCUUUUUAUUUUUUAUUUUUUUUAACUUUUUUUACUAUAAAUCUUUUGUAUUUAUAUUGCCUUGUAAAUGUGUACCUACUGUAAGUAUGACAGUGUGGUCUUGUACAUUCACUGUAUAUUUGACUAAUAUAUUUUUUCAACACUCA